CACGGGGGGGGGGAAAAAGACUGUGGAUAAGGCAAAUAGUGAGGAAAUGUGACAAUUCAACGGUCAUUUUCAUGGAGAAGGGAAAACUGGUGCGAAAGGAGUUAUUCCGGGACUCCUUUGAGCCUCGAAACGCUGGAUCAAAAUGCUCAUAGUGGAGAAGACCACAGACUUCCCCUCUGCUGAGUUCUCUCUGGUGGAGGAUGUGGCUCUGCACUUCACCUGUUUGAUGGACAGGCUGAACGAGCAGCGCCUCUUCCAGCCUGACCUGUGCGACGUUGACAUCGUUCUGGUGCGUCAACACAGCACCUUCCCCGCCCACAAGGGAGUGCUGGCGGCCUACAGCCCAUUCUUCCACUCCCUUUUCGCCCAGAGCAAACAGCUGCGUCAGGUGGACCUGUCGCUGGACGCUCUGACCUCUCAGGGCCUGCAGCAAAUCCUCAACUUCAUCUACACCUCCAAACUGCUGGUGAGCAGCCGCACUGUCCGUGACGUCCUCAACGCAGCAACCCUUCUUCAGAUGAGCGACAUAGCGGCCUCCUGUCGUGACCUUAUCAGCAGCCACUCGCUGAGGACCACCUGUGCCGAUAUGGCCAAUCAGGAGGGGCUCAGCGGCAGUGACCCAGCGUUGCCCCCCAGCCAGCUGUACUCGGAGAUCAAACAGGAGUCGGAGCUGGGGAGGGUGUACAAGAGGGAUGGCAGCAGCCCGUUCUCUGUGAGGGUGGAGGAGGCAGGGAAGUCGACCUCCCAGCAGAAGCAGUAUUACCAGAAGGAGGACGGGUCAGGGGGCGGGGCUAACGCCGGCAUGGCUUCUUUGUGCAAAGUAGAGAGCAACGGAGAGGAGUCAAAGACGGCAGAUAGCCACGCCUCCUUCAACAGAGACCAAAUCAUCGUUGAAGUCAACUUAAACAACCAGACCCUCAAUGUGUCAAAGGGGUCAGAGGGAAAGUCGUUGACCGCAACAGAGACGGCCACCAUCUUUGGUCAUUGCCAUGACAACGCGCCAGACUCAGAGGACGACGAGGAGAACGAGGCGGAGAAUGAAGACACAGUUGAAGAAGAGGAUGACGAUGACCUGAAGAGGAGGGACCUACUUGGGCAGAGUAGCGAGGAGGAUGACGAGGAGGAAGAUGAGGAAGAGGAGGAGAACACUUUAAACAUUCCAGGGUUGGAGCAGGCGGCCUUGUUGGAUCGACCUCGCAGGGGCACCAGAGCCUUUGCCGUGGCGGGCACAACUGCGUCCAUGCGACAGACGCUCACAGAGGCCACGCUGGCCAACCAGCGGCAGGGCGGGAAGAGGACGCUGGACGCGGAGGGGCUGAGUCAGAAAGUGAGGCUGGAGGAGAAGCAACACUUCCCGUGUAAGAAAUGCCCCCGCGUGUUUAACAACCGCUGGUACCUGGAGAAACACAUGAACGUCACACACAACCGCAUGCAGAUCUGCAAUAACUGCGGGAAGCGCUUCCUGCUGGAGAGCGAGCUGCUUCUGCACCAACAGACUGACUGUGAGAAGAGCAUCCAGUGUGUAACAUGUGGUAAGGCCUUUAAAAAACUGUGGUCCUUACACGAGCACAACAAGAUUGUCCAUGGCUACGCCGAGAAGAAGUUCUCCUGCGAGAUCUGUGAGAAGAAGUUUUACACCAUGGCUCAUGUCAGGAAGCACAUGGUCGCCCACACGAAGGACAUGCCAUUCACCUGCGAGACGUGUGGGAAGUCGUUCAAGCGCAGCAUGUCCCUGAAGGUUCACUCUCUGCAGCACUCCGGAGAGAAACCCUUCAAGUGUGAGAACUGCAGUGAGCGCUUCCAGUACAAAUACCAGCUGCGGUCCCACAUGAGCAUUCACAUCGGACACAAGCAGUUCAUGUGUCAGUGGUGCGGAAAGGACUUCAACAUGAAACAGUACUUUGACGAACACAUGAAGACACACACUGGAGAGAAGCCGUACAUCUGUGAGAUCUGUGGGAAGAGCUUCACCAGUCGGCCCAACAUGAAGCGCCACCGCCGAACCCACACCGGAGAGAAGCCGUACCCCUGCGAGGUGUGCGGCCAGCGCUUCCGCUUCUCCAACAUGCUCAAAGCCCACAGGGAGAAAUGCUUCCGUGUCAGCAACCCCAUGGUUACAGACAUCAACAACCCCCUCAGUCUUGACCAUCCUUUGGGCCUGCCUGCUGUGGACUCCUCCGGUCAGGUGCAGCAUGGGACAGCGCUCCCUGCUACAUCUGUGACCACACCCGCUGCUGCCUCUAGCCCACACCCUCUUCACCCCUUGCUGCACUCCAUGGGAGGGCUGCCACCAACCCCUCAUUUACCCCCACCGCCUCCUCUGUUCUCUGCCGGUAGGAUGAACUCCAACAACUAACAGAUCUCUGUAGCAUCUAAAGCACUUUUGUUACAUUUAUAUUAUUUUUCUUAGAGCUUUUACGAGGACUCCUGCAGCAGGAGACUGAUGCUCCUCAGUGACAUUUACACUGAGGGGAAACACUGACUGAAGGCUACAUGGAGGCCUCAUAACAACCAACCUACACCUUCCACAUUAUGAAAGAGUUAUUUUUUACUCUGUUAAAUACAAUAGAUAACCUCAGAGUCCAGUAGGACAUGUCGUCACCACGCUUUUCAUCAUGAAUUUCACAACUCUGUUCUGGUUUUAUUAUUUCACAACCGCCACACACAUCUCUCCAGAGCCUUGCACAAUGCGUUGAUUGUAGCAUCUUUUGCAAAUUGGGAGGAAGAGUUUCCUAAAGUCAGUGGUCAUCAGAAGUAAUGAGACCACAAUAUGAUGAGAAAAAAAUGUUUUAUUUGGAUCAUUCUCUGCCAAGUUGUAGCAAGUGGAUCUGGUAUGACCCAGCAAUAACCAAAUGCUGAUUUGUCUUUGAGCGUAUACAUGUAUAUGGCAAUGCCAAUAACCAAAUCCUGUAAGCUCACGUAGUUAGUUAAUGUUAAACAGCAUUUAUAAUCGAUCCUGCACCUUACAUUUAACUCUAGUGAUAUUUACUCCUAUUUGUCUUCAUUUUUAUAACCGUGAUAGUAUGUAAUUCGUGGCACGUUAUGUCAAUUUGUAAGGACGUAGGAGAAGCUGAGACCUCUGGAGAGUCAGCUGUGCAAUUCUGUUUGUGUUGUUUGUGUCCGUCUGUGUGUGUGUGUGUGUGUGUGUGUGAGUGUGUGUGCGUUUGAAAUGUGAAGCUGAGAUGGUAAAAGAGGAUCUUUAUAUCUAUGUGCAGCCAAUAGAAUUUGAGCUUCCCGAGUCAGGAAAUUGAAUAAUUUGUUGACCCUCUUCUUUUGCUUACAUUAAGCAAGUGUGCUCCAUUCCUGUAGAUCUGGCUUUGAGAAAAUCUCACACUUUUCUGUGACUAAUGUACUCAAACCUUAAUUUAAUGUACUCAAACCCAUAGGUUAUAGAGCUACUCUUAAUAUUAACCAAUGGCUCAUUUCCCAACUAAGCCUGCUCUGUGUAAUCAGUUUGCAGGAUAAAAAAAGCAACAGGUGACUAUAUUAAUGGAAUACUUGCUAACUUAGUUCAUUAAAUGUGUACAUUUCAUCAUAAUGUAUAUUGUGUAAUGAUAAAGAUUUAUAUUCCAAUCUCUUCAAGAGCACUGACAGUGAUUUUUUUUGGCACAAAGAGUGAAUCAGUAAAAGGGCUCUUCACUAUUAUAAACCAGACAAUUUCUUAUUGAAGUGAUCUAUAAGCUGAUCAAUGUUAGAGCGCUGCAGUUUUUUAUACUGCUUUGAGUUGGGUGUCUCGGCAUGCACUUUUGACACUUGUUGUCAUGAACUUUCUGAAAAAAAAAAAAGAUGAUUUAUUGAAACAUUUGUCUAAAAAGUUCUUACCUUAAAGGAAAGAUUUUACAUUUUGGGAAAAACAUUCAUUUAAUUUCUUGGUGAAAUAGGCUACCAGUCCCGUGUGUAAAAGCAGAACUAGCUAACCAGUAGUUAGCCAAGCACUAAGACUGAAAACAAAAGGAAACAGAUAUAGCCUGGCCUAGUCUGUAGGUCCAAACAGUUUUUGUAAACUAUUUUAAGUGUACUUGUACAAUAAGAAAAGUUGAAAAAAUUUCAAUAAACACUUUUUGUUUUUUUAUUUAGUUUAACAAAACGCUGUCAAUGAGACGGCUAGCAAAGGUCAUGAUAUAGGCUACAUCCAAUUGAAAGAAAGCCAGACUUUGAAUUUGUUUUCAUCUUUAAACUAUUUGUGUACAUAUCAAACUAACAUAAAUUAAAUUCACAAGGUUUAAAGAUGUAGGUAGACAGAAGAUGUAGGUAGACAGAUUUUGUAGGAUGAAUCCAGGCUAACCGUUGCCUACUGUUUACAGUAUUUACGCUUAGCUAGGUCAACUGGCUGCUAGCUCAAGCUUUAUACCAAAUUCACGACUAAGGUAUCAGUUUUCUCAUGUAACUCUCUGCAAUAAUAGAGGGUGGAAGAAAAUCCAAAAUAUCAGAGUAAUACUUAAAAUUCUUAGUUUGAAUCAGUUACUAAUCCAAAAAUAUUCGCUGUGCACUAUUGAUGCACUCUUGCUCACUUUACCUAGAGAUAGCAAACUUUAAGUGUAGCGUUCACCUGUAAAUAUAGUUAAGGUGUGUUUCUUCCUCGUUAUCAAAUCCUCAUGUUUACAUUUGGAGAGUCAGUUGAAUGUUGCCCCCAUAUGUGUCUUGGCUGGUACUACAGAAAGUUGGAAUUUGCAGUUAAGCUUUUUUAAAUGUAAUAAUCUGUUCAUUGUUUUAUUUAAACGACACAUUUAAGCACCUUUAGUGUAUUCUUAUGUUGAAGUUCACCCAAUUUAUGUAUUUCAGAAACUAAAUGGUGAGGGCCACAUUAGAUGUGAUUUGAUAUUGGUACUAUUUUCUUUUUUCUUCGUGUGUCUAACACAUGUUUUGUAUUUUUAUCGUUCUCAUUUUGUACAGGGUCCAGUUUGAAACUGCCCUUUAAAUGAAAAGUCUAGACCAGUGAAAUUGUUCACUAUAUUCUGGCCUUUACUAAUCAAAUUUACUGCUUAAUUGGAGGUAACCUCCAGCAUCAGUAACGAACUACAAUUUAGAAAUUUUAGGCAGUCUGAUGAGGUAUGAUCUGGUCUUUAGAUGUGACCUCUGAUUGUUGAGAGAGAGAGGACUAAAGGCUUCCUGUCAAUGUCACAAAACACAAGACUGUUGCUCUCUUGUGGCACCUUGGUAAACUGCACUAUCUAAGAGGUCUAAUGCUAAAUAAAGCCUUGUAACACAUAAUCAUUUAUGAGGCUAAAUUUAAAUGCAUUAUAUGUAUUCUCCCAGAAAGGCCUACUGUUAAGAGAAGCACUUGCCCAAGAGACAAAACUGAGAUACUGUGGUUAUAGUUUGUGUGUUUGCCUUACAGGUGGAGGGAAUUGAAUGUUUUAAGUUCGGGAUGAUGGUAAUGGAGGAGAUAGUAGUCAAUACUACUGACUUAUGCACUUUGAAUUUGAUUGCCUCACUUUAGCCCAUAAUAGGGAACAUGAAAACAGAAAAAAGGUUUAAAAUUUCCAGAAAAAUUCAAAACAUAAAGCAUACAUUUGAUGGUUGAAAUGUAUGCUCAUAUUUGAUGAGCAGUUAAUGUAUUAAUGUUGUUUGUUCAAGUUUGAUCAGACAGGCUGAGUGAGGGCUGACCUGUGUUUUUGUUUCUUAGUAUAAUUUAAGGUGAUGUUUGGCGAUGCACCUAAACUGCUAUUCUAUGUUCUGGUCCGCCUUCUUGCACUGUGCAAACAAGUAUUUGUGUCACUUUCAGAUCUGUUUCUUUUCUGAUCACUAUUAAAGAAACUAGUUCAGGUCAUGAAAGGGUCCAAAUAUGUGACUGUUGUAUAUCAUGCCAAGAGAAAAUUAUUUGCCAAACUGAGGGGAAAAAAAGGAUAUUGAUAACCGUAAGCACUUUAUACUCCAGUUCAGUGACCACAGUUUGAAGGCAGUUGUUUUGAAUCUGCUGACAACAUGUUGGCAGGAGUUCAGCCCUUUUAGACACUUUUUUGUUUAAAGAAAACUCUGUUGUUCAGACCCCACUGCUUGGAAUCAGUGAAAUGAACUUUAGAAUCUGUUAUUUAUGGGUUUCCAAACUAGUGCAGUAAUUAAUUGCAGUAAGAAUAGACCAAAAUGCACAUUUUCAUCAUUUGAGUGGGAAAAUGAAAGAGCUGAGCAAUUUUUAAAUGACAACAUUUCUCAAAAUAAUCUUCAAAUUGUUAAAAAGUGAAGUAUAAAGUUUUUAAUGAAAUGUUAUCACAUUAGACGGCAGUAAAGCUAGGAUUUUAGAAACCAGGAAGGGAAUUUUUGCACAGUUUUUGGAGCUUCCAUUGGAGGCAAGUGUUUCUUUAUGUCUUUUAAUCAGCCAAAUUGUCCUUUCCAAGGCUAGCGGCCAAAGGCUUGGGUUAGAUUAGGCAAAGGUGGACCUGCCCUUGUCCUUAGAAGAGAGUUUGCCAGUGAUUUAAGUGAAUGCCAAGGCACCACAGUGACUGUGCUUCUGCAUUGCACCCAAGGCAAAUGUUUGCCACAUAAUGAAGCAUUAAGCAUGACAGUUGGUACAAAGCAGGGGGCUCUUGGGAUUGCCAAGUUGGGGCUCUAUUGGGAAUUGUAGUUUGGGGUUUUGCUGCAUGAGCCGAAGAGUGAAUCCAAAAGGAUUUGAUUGUUUGGCCUUCAGCUUCAACAAAAGUGUUGGGAAUAUUGUGAUGUUAGGACGUACUUAAUACGGAAGUUUCAUGACAAUAUUGGAGAGAAAGCUUUGUAUGUCGGUUGUAUGUUAUAAGAAGUUAUAGAAGUGUGUUGCCCUUUUGAUGAUGACAAUGCCCCCCUUUUUUUAGAAUGAAUGUUUUUUUUAAAUCGUUGUUUUAGUCCAACACUUCUUUGGGUGCAAAUUUAUAGAGCUACAGAAUCACUAAAUGGUCAUCAAAAGAGUCAAAAAUGUAACUGUACAAAUUGACUCAACUUUCAUCUGAUUGGUUGUUAAUAAAAUUACACAUGUAUUGAUAUGUUCAGAUGUGUUUUUGACUCUUUUGAUUAUGUGUUUUGUACGCUUCUGGCCUCUAUACAACUGAAACUUAAAAUUGAAAAACAGGCACUGUUGGUUUCAGGUUGGCUGUUCUAUUCAUUUGUUUGAUUGUGACUUUUUUCUUUUAUGGGCAGCGAUAUAUGUUAUGAUAUCCAUAAGCACCAAUGCCAUUUUCUAUUCAGAGCUGUAUUAUUCACAUCCCCUACAUCUCCCAUACUUACUCAUACUGCAGUUGUGUUAAAGAAAUCAUCAUGUGUUUUGUCAUUUGCUGAUUCUCUACUUUAUAAUGUAAGCACUAUGUCUUAGUUAACUCUGGUGUACAAAGACCAUGUGUAGACAGUAGUUGUCAAGUUCAGCUGUAUUAAAAUAUUUAAAACCGUACAAGGACAUUAGUGUCUAGAGGUGCUAAUAACAUUAGUCUGUAUUUUCUGUCUUUUAUUGUAUUAUUGACUAGUGUUUACUGUCUGUAACACAACAGAGCGUAAUGAAAUCAUUUCAAUAUUAAACAGUAUAGAUAUAUUAUUGCAAAUACA